AACCACGUCCAGGAUCUCAUACACGAGGACCAGGGUCUGAAGCCAGGAGAGCAGAGAGCAGUCCAGUCCAUCAUGUCAGAGUCCAUCAAGAGGAGGAGUUCCAGCAGACAGCUCCUGCAGAACCUCAUCAGGGUGACGGCCCAGCGCAGCCAGGAGGACGCUGAGGAGGUUGAAAGGGAGCGGAGAAGGAGAGCACGGGAGAGGCAGAGAGGGGAGGAGAGCCCCUCCUGGCCGGUACCCAACAGUGAUGAUGAUCUUACAAUCAAUAUAGAGUUGGACACAGAGCUGAAGCCUUGCUGCAGUUUGGUUCUGGACGAGGACGAGGGCUUCAGCGACUGGAGUCACAGGUUGGAGAACCGCAACGAGCAAGAGGUGCAGAACAUCUGCAGGGCUGGGAAACUGUCCCUCCAAGAUCCACAGUGGAAACCAGGGCCAGUGGAGGAGAAACAACAGGGGAAAGAGGAGUGGCAACAACCAGAAGGAAGCAUAAGGUCACAAGAAAAUUCAUCAAGGACCAUGGAGACGGUACCAGGACCAAGAGACGUUCUAUACCUGGACUCUGAUAAACAGAUGUCGGGAAAGGAAAAGGAGAUUAAAUCCUUGCAGACCUCAUCAGUCGCUCAGCUACAUGACACCAGGCUGCAGCACAGCAGUGGACGUCCAGCAGACAGCAGGUCAUACCUGGUGGCAGAGACUAUGGGGCCAUGUGCGUGGUCCUGCAGGGUGGAUGAGGAGGUGCAGCAGGAAGACCUAAAAGAGGUGGUGGAAAAAUUGCAGCUGACAUUGCAGACAGAUUGGUCAACAGAUUCCCUAAAGAAACCCAACAGCAACAACAGCCCAGAGGAGGAGCUGCUUUUCACACAUGAGCAGAGGAAAGAGCACCUCCUCAGGGUGCAGCAAAGACACAUGGACGAGGAGAGGGAGGAGCUGGAGGCAAAAAGGGGAGAAGAGGAGGGACACAAAACAUCUGAAAAGGAACUAAGGGGAAGCACAGAAAGGAAAAGUGAGGAGGUCAACAGAGGAUCUGGAGUUUCUCCCUGCAGUGUUGAAAGCCCAGAGUCUUUAAACUGCUACGGUCCCAUGAGUCCAACAUUUAAGAAACUCCUCGUACAGUUUUACCCAGAUGAAAUCAACAGUAAAGUCUCGACAGAUGGUAAAUGCAAGAUCAUUGAGAGAACUGAGUCUCUGAGGAGAAGCACAAACACUAACAUAAAGAAGACGCCAUCACCUGUCACUGUGUCAAAGAUCGAUAAAAAGCUGGAGCAGUACACACAUGCCAUCGAGCUCUGUUCAAAGGAAGCCAGGUUAGGAGGACAGGUUCUGACCGAUAUGAUGAGUCCAACUGAACCUAUCGCCUCCAAGAAAAACCUCUUUGAGGUCGGCGAUGCCUGGAACCAGAACAUGGGCCCAGUCACGGCAUCAAAGCAGGAUGCAGAUGGUAUAAAAGUUGGUGUAAGUGAUCUCAUCAACCAGUGGAUGAAGGGCGGUGAAGAUGGCAACACGUGCAUUUCACCUUCCAAACCAGCGGAAAUAAAACCUGGUGGUGUUUUGAACAAGAAAAAUCUAUGGGAGAGUUUUGGUGACAUCAUAUCUCCAGGAACGAAUGAAAAGGAGAUCUCCCUUGGUAAAAAGUACAAGUUUGUGGUGACUGGUCAUGGCAAGUACGAGAAGGUUGAUGACAGCAGCAGUGAAGCCACAAACUGUGGAUCAGAUUUCUUUGAGGAUUUGUAAACCACAUGUGGACUUUCUGGAUACACAAAGAAAAUAAACCCUGGACCCUCACGAACAUUUUUCAGCAUACCUUCACCUUCAUCACUUCCCUGAAAUAAUGACUAAAUCAAAAUGUGUCACCUCCGAGGAAUGUCUCUUGUCUGUUAAUUCUGAAGUUAUACUUUUAACCAAUUCUUGUUUCCAACCUGUGUACAUUUCAUAAUUCAUCUACUUUAAAGUAGUACAAUUUCUUUAAUUUCAAUAAAAAUAAAAGUAGUAUAACUGUCUUCUGCUGUAUGGCUUUCCAAUACAUAAUACUCGGAGACUUCAGUGUGUGUAUUCAUUAUUUGGUUCAGUUCCCUGUGGUUUACUCAGCUGUGUAUCAACAGUAGUGAUUUAAUCAGCUGUCUACAGCUGGCUUUACAGAAUUUCAGGAUGAGCCCUCACAUCAACAGACUCAUCAGCAGUUUUUUUUCCC